AAGCCGGCGACUGGGAGCUCGGCGCUGAGAGGUGGCGGUGCGGUGUGGGGCUCGUUCCCUGCUGGCGGUUGGAGGCGACGAGACGGGCUCGACAUGGAAGUGAAGGAUGCCAAUUCUGCACUGCUCAGUAACUACGAGGUGUUCCAGUUGCUGACUGAUCUGAAAGAGCAACGUAAAGAAAGUGGAAAGAAUAAACACAGUUCUGGGCAACAGAACUUGAAUACUAUUACCUAUGAAACAUUAAAAUACAUAUCAAAAACACCAUGCAGGCACCAGAGCCCUGAGAUUGUUAGAGAAUUUCUCACAGCAAUGAAAAGCCACAAAUUGACCAAAGCUGAGAAGCUUCAGCUGCUGAAUCAUAGGCCUAUGACUGCUGUUGAGAUCCAGCUGAUGGUGGAAGAGAGUGAAGAACGGCUCACGGAAGAGCAGAUCGAAGCACUCCUCCACACCGUCACAAGCAUUCUGCCUGCAGGGCCAGAGGCUGAGCAGAAGAAAAAUACCAACGAUGACGUGACAAUGGAUGAAGAGGACCCAGCAUAGAAGAGCACAGCUAGCCCAAGUGUCUCAUGAAGUUGAAAGGCCUAGCAGUCAUUUCCCGGAUGUUCAGAGGAUUGUUUAUUUGGUUUUACCCUCUACCCCAACAGGCCUGAUUUCAUGGUUUAGUUGGGUAAAUCUCAAAUAUAAGCUAAAAAGAAAUUCUUGUGUCUCUGGGACAAGAAACAUGGGUGAAGAUAGGCUGAGGUUGUCGGGGCAGAAAGAGAAGAGGACAGAGUCGAAGAGGACAGUGACUGUGGAACCUCUGUGGUAAAAUGUUUCUUCUGUGGCCUUUGCCACAGUUGUGGGAAGGUCCCUGUACACAGCUAGUAGAAUACUUGUGUUGUCUUUGAUGGGCUGUGUCCUAAUUAGUUUCAUCUGCUUCCCUAGGAACUUCCCAAGCCGGGGCACAGAGUGCUACUGGGGUGAGAGCUGAGUUAUGAGAAUUUGGUUAGACGUCUAAAACCGCCCAGAGCAGCAGAUCGUUGCUUUAGGUUAAAAUGAGCCACCGAACUUGGCUCACCUUACAGGAAUCUUUUCCUUGAGAACAGCAGAGAUAAGAGCCCGGCCAUCAGGUCUGAAGGCCCCUUUCUUCUGUUGACAUGGGCUUUGUGUACCGGCUCACUAUUUAGUCAUAAAGGUUAGGGUACCAGCUCAUUCCAGUUGAAAAGAGACUCCAGAAUGAAUGACAGUGGCAGCAAAAAUACAGUGUUGGCUGCCUUUUGGACCAUCUUCAGUUCCUGACCUGAGACAGGAGCCCUGGGUAGGCACCUUCUAUUGAGGCCAGGUCGUUUGCACAAUGGGCAAAUGGUUUGCAUUUUGAAAAGGCGCAAAUACGUAGCUCUUUUCAGGGACAGCAUAUGAAGAACUAGAGGUUGGUUAAUAAGAAUUUGAAUUUGUUGGCUGUUGCAGGGUUGCAUCAGUUUCUGAAUUUAAAAUAUUAGGAUAAUUACCAUGUGAAGAACUUGUAAUAUUCAGGCUUUGGAGAGUUUAGUAGCUCCAGACAUGUGGUUGCCUUAGGUCCUAGGAAUACUGCUAAAAAUUAAUUUCCCACAUUUGCUCUCUACCCUAUUUGGGGAAGAAAAUGCCCAUAGACGUUAAUUUUCCAAAUUGGUACUCAUUUUGUUGUAAGAUUACAUAGUUUCCGUGUUGCUGUUAAUUGGAUUACUUUCUACCCCCUUGCAAUUCCCAGGUUAUUUCAGCCUCCCUACCACCCCUGCCAGUUGCAGUUAUGUCAAUCGUAACCUUAUUAUCUAAGGAUCAACUGAGAUCUGCUUAUAGGCAACAUUGAAAUUAACAAGGCAUUUAUUUUUAAGUCUCUCUUGAGUACUGGGAAUUUUACAGGAGCUGUUGAUUUAUUUGUCAAGGCAUACAUGUGCUUAUGUCAUUGUUGUUUCAUUUUAACCUUGAAUGUGUUAGAUGCUUUUUCUUGAUGGAUAUAGAGCUUAAUCUAGUUAAUAAUAAAUUGUUUCCAGGUGACUGCCAACUUUUGAUAUUUUUAUAAAUCUUUGAAGAGUUUGUUUUGCCACGUAUAGAAAGAAAUAAAGUGACUGACUUAAAAGCUAAAAUAUGUGAUUUAAAAAAAAAUUGAAUCUAUUUAGAUCUAAAUUCUGUGUUAGAUUUCAAGAAAGUUUUAAGUUUCUGUAUUUGGGACUUGAAUUUAGCCUCAGUUUCUGAUUAAGCCAGGCAGGCUCUGGGAGGCUUAACCUUUAUAAGAAACAUGUUCUGUGUAAUAUUCCUGUCGCAUUAAUAAUCAUUUCAGAAAUAAAAACUAAUUUACCUAAGAAACUUAACGAGGAUCACAUCUAGGAAGGAGAGCUGGAGAGGCUGGGAAAAUUGCUUUUCAUUUUAUAUCCUUCUCUAUGGUUUCAGUUUUUGACCAUGUGACUGUUUUAUUCUUUUUUUUUUUUUUUUUUUGGUGAGGAAGAUUAGCCCUGAGCUAACAUCCAAUGCCAGUCCUCCUCUUUUUGCUGCAAAGAUUGGCCCUGGGCUAACAUCCCUGCCCAUCUUCCUCUACUUUAUGUGGGACACCGCCACAGCAUGGCUUGACAAGUGGUGCAUAGGUCUGCACCCGGGAUCCAAACCUGUGAACCUCGGGCUACCGAAGCGGAGCACACGAACUUAACUGCUAUACCACCAGGCCGGCCCCUGUUUCAUUCUUUAGAAAGAAAAAAAGCCUGUCCAUUUGCAUGUUGUCUUUGGCCUCUGUGAGAGUUACUGAAUGUGUAGUUGACAGUUAAAUUAUGUCCCAAACGUGGAGGCUGAUGUCCAGCCCAGUCACUCCAGGAGAGGCAGCUCUAAGAAGAGCUGGGGCAGGCGUUGUAGCAUAUGAGGAAGGCAGAACUUUGAGAACUAAUUCCAGCAUCUGGCCCAGUGACUGUAGCUAUUUUUUGGGUCCUCCAGCCUUCCUUUGUUAUUCCAGACUUUUGUAGGCUCUCAGUUCACUUUUUUUUAGGGGAAAGCUCUGGUUUUUAACAUGGGGACACUUUUUAGUUAUCUGUAGGGAAGGUACUAUUGAGCUCUUGAAAAAUUAAGUUGACUCCCAGUUAGAGGUUUACCCAAAUAUUUUCCUUGCCUCUUUUUGCUUAAAAGUUACAGUAUGACCUACUUCCUUCAGAAGACUUCCCUUUUAUUCAGGGCUUGUUCAUAAAAUAGUGGGUACCAUUUCCCUAAUCAGUCAUUGUGUAACCACACCAGCUCUCAAAAGAUCUUUGUACCCUAGUGAGAGGUGCGUAAAUUAAUGCUCCAGUAUAUUCUUUGUAAAAUCAUUUUCUCUUCUUGAAACCAACUUAACACCACUCAUGCAAAUGAAUCAUUUCUCAGUAAAAUUUAAAACAGAUCACACAGGGCUGGCCGCGUGGCUUAGCAGUUAGGUGCGUGCGCUCCGCUGCUGGCGGCCUGGGUUCGGAUCCCGGAUGUGCACCAACGCACUGCUUCUCCAGCCACGCUAAGGCCGUGUCCCACAUACAACAACUAGAAGGAUGUGCAGCUAUGACAUACAACUAUCUACUGGGGCUUUGGGGGAAAUAAAUAAAUAAAAUUAUAAAAAAUAGAUCACAUACCCUGAAAAGAAUCAUCAACCUUAUUUAAUUACACAAUGAACAAAGGGGAUAAAAGGAAGCAAAACUGCCUAGAGAUCCUUUUAUAUAUUUUUUAAAUUAGGAUAUAAUUCACAUACCGUAAAAUUUACCCUUUUAAAAUAUACCAUUCAGUAGUUUUGACUAUAGUCACAAAGUUGUACAACCAUCACCAUUAGCUAAUUCUAGAAUAUUUUCAUCACCCCAGAAAAAAGCCCCAUACCCAUUAGCAGUCAUUUCUCCAUUCCCGUUUCCCCAUAGCUCUUGCCAACCAAAGCCCUUGCUAUCGUAUCUAAGUAGAUUGCCCAUAAUCUACUUUCUACUUUCACUGUGUAUUUGCCUAUUCUGGACUUUUCAUAUAAAUUGAAUCAUAUAAUAUGUGACCUUUCGUAUCUGACUUCUUUCACUUAGCAUAAAUAUUUUCAAGGUUCAAAUAUGUUGUACCAUUCCCUGUUAGGGAUGAAUAAUAUUUCAUUGAAUGGAUAUACCACGUUUUGUUUGUUCAUCAGUUGGUGGACAUUUGGAUUGUUUCUACUCUUUGGCUCUUAUGAGUAUGUUCCUUGUGAACAUUCAUGUACAAAUUUUUUGUGACCAUAUGUUUUCUCUUGCAUAUACUCAGAAAUAGAAUUGUUGAAUCAUAUGAUAACUCUGUUUUAACUUUUUGAUGAACUACCAAACUGUUUUCCAUAGUACCUGUACCAUUUCGUGUUUCCACCAGCAAUGCAUGAUGGAAUCCAGUCUGUCUUGUUAUUGUCCCUCUUGUUGAUUAUAGCCAUCCUAGUGGUUGUGAAGUGCUAUUGUGGUAUUGAUUUGUAUUUCUCUAAUAGCUACUGAUGUUGA